AUGCUCGGGGCUCGGGGUAUGGCCACCGUCGGCGACUCUCCCCUCGACAAGAAGGUCGAGAUGAGCAACCUGGAGAAGGGUAACUUCAUCAACUACAAGAAGAUGUCCGAGAACCUCGACAUCGUUCGUCGUCGUCUCAGCCGCCCUCUCACCUACGCCGAGAAGGUUCUGUACUCUCACCUUGACGACCCCCACGGCCAGGACAUCGAGCGUGGUACCUCCUACCUCAAGCUUCGCCCCGACCGUGUCGCUUGCCAGGAUGCCACUGCCCAGAUGGCCAUCCUGCAGUUCAUGUCCGCCGGCAUGCCUUCCGUCGCUACCCCCACUACCGUUCACUGUGACCACUUGAUUGAGGCCCAGGUUGGUGGUGAGAAGGAUCUUGCCCGUGCCAACGACAUCAACAAGGAGGUCUAUGACUUCCUUGCCUCCGCUACUGCCAAGUACAAUAUCGGUUUCUGGAAGCCCGGUUCCGGUAUCAUCCACCAGAUCGUCCUGGAGAACUACGCUUUCCCCGGUUGCCUGAUGAUCGGUACCGACUCUCACACUCCUAACGCUGGUGGUCUCGCCGCUGCUGCCAUUGGUGUUGGUGGUGCCGACGCCGUCGAUGUUAUGGCCGGUCUUCCCUGGGAGCUGAAGGCCCCCAAGGUCAUCGGUGUCAAGCUCACCGGUGAGAUGUCCGGCUGGACUACUCCCAAGGAUAUCAUCCUCAAGGUCGCUGGUCUCCUUACUGUCAAGGGUGGUACUGGUGCUAUCAUUGAGUACCACGGACCUGGUGUCAACUCCCUCUCCUGCACUGGUAUGGCUACUAUCUGUAACAUGGGUGCUGAGAUCGGUGCCACCACCUCUAUGUUCCCCUUCAACGACCGCAUGUACGACUACCUGAAGGCCACCAAGCGCCAGCACAUCGGCAACUUCUCCCGCGAUUACGCCAAGGAGCUUCGCGAGGAUGAGGGUGCUGAGUACGACCAGCUGAUUGAGAUCAACCUGUCUGAGCUCGAGCCCCACGUCAACGGCCCUUUCACCCCCGACUUGGCCACCCCCAUCUCCAAGUUCAAGGAGGCUGUUGAGGCCAACAAGUGGCCUGAGGAGCUCAAGGUCGGUCUCAUCGGUUCUUGCACCAACUCUUCCUACGAGGACAUGUCCCGCGCUGCUUCCAUCGCUCGCGACGCCCUUGACCACGGUCUUAAGUCCAAGUCUCUCUUCACCAUCACCCCCGGUUCCGAGCAGAUCCGUGCUACCAUCGAGCGUGAUGGUCAGCUCCAGACCCUCGAGGAAUACGGUGGUGUCAUCCUUGCCAACGCCUGCGGUCCUUGCAUUGGACAGUGGGAUCGUAAGGACGUCAAGAAGGGUGACGCCAACUCUAUCAUCUCUUCCUACAACCGUAACUUCACUGGCCGUAACGAUGCCAACCCUGCUACCCACGCUUUCGUCGCCUCCCCCGACCUUGUCGUCGCCAUGACCGUUGCGGGUUCCCUCAAGUUCAACCCUCUUACCGACACCCUGAAGGACAAGGAUGGCAAGGACUUCAAGCUCAAGGCUCCUACUGGUGAGGGUCUCCCUGCCCAGGGCUACGACGCGGGCCGCAACACCUACCAGGCUCCUCCCGCCGACCGUGAGGCCGUCUCCGUUGCCGUCUCUCCUUCCAGUGAUCGUCUGCAGGUCCUUGCUGGCUUCGAGAAGUGGGACGGAAAGGAUGCUACUGGCAUCCCUAUCCUGAUCAAGUGCCAGGGCAAGACCACCACCGAUCACAUCUCCAUGGCUGGCCCAUGGUUGAAGUACCGUGGUCACCUUGACAACAUCUCCAACAACAUGUUGAUUGGUGCCAUCAACGCCGAGAACGGUGAGGCCAACAAGGUCAAGAACGCCUUCACCGGUGCCUACGAUGCCGUCCCCGCCACUGCCCGUGACUACAAGGCCCGUGGUAUCAAGUGGGUCGUCAUUGGUGACUGGAACUACGGUGAGGGUUCCUCCCGUGAGCACGCCGCUCUGGAGCCCCGUCACCUUGGUGGUCUUGCCAUCAUCACCCGCAGUUUCGCCCGUAUCCACGAGACCAACCUGAAGAAGCAGGGUAUGCUUCCCCUUACCUUCUCCGACCCCGCCGACUACGACAAGAUCAACCCCGAGGACACCGUCGACCUCCUCUGCACUGAGAUCGAGGUUGGCAAGCCCAUGACUCUCCGUGUCCACCCCAAGGAUGGUGGUGCCGCUUUCGACAUCAAGCUUAGCCACACCUUCAACGAGUCCCAGAUUGAGUGGUUCAAGGAUGGAUCCGCCCUCAACACCAUGGCUCGCAAUGGUAACUAA